UCGAUGAGGUAAUAACAAACAUGGCGGCGCUCGGUACAACACGGUGCUUAUUCCGGAGCUACUCUCGGGUGAAAAAUGUUCAAAAGAGCAAGCAAGUGUUGGUCAGAUGUGGCGCCAGGACGCUUUGUAGUGGGACACAAGAUAACGCCCUCUCAGACAGUGCAAAGCCCCAGUUCACAGAUCCAGCUGUGCAGGACAUCCUCACCAGGAUAACAGGCCUGAACCUGCAGAAAGUGUUCCGACCCAUUAAACAGGAACUGAAGCCGCCUGUGUAUAAACUCAUGACUGAUGAGCAACUGGAGCAGGCGACCAUGUUAGCCACAGAGCAGGCUAAGAAGCUGCUGCAGAUGCCCCCCGUCCUGCCAGAGAGGAAGCCCAUCAACGAUGUGCUGUCCGAGGACAAGAUCCUGGAUGGCAUGGACACAGCCAAAUAUGUAUUCACAGACAUCACCUACAACAUCCCUCACAGAGAGAGGUUCAUUGUUGUACGGGAGCCCAGCGGGACCCUUCGGAAGGCGACCUGGGAGGAGAGAGACCGGCUCAUUCAGGUCUACUUCCCCAAGGAUGGACGCAAGCUCACAGCGCCUCUCAUUUUCAAGGAGGAGAACCUUAAGAUGGUGUUUUCCCAGGACCGUCAUGAGGAUGUGUUGGACCUGUGUCUGGUUCAAUUUGAACCAGACUCUUCAGAAUACAUCAGGGUACAUGCAGCCACCUAUGAGGACCUGGACAAGCAUGGCAAAUAUGAACUGCUGCGCUCCACCAGGCAUUUUGGAGGCAUGGCCUGGUACCUGCUCAACGCUCGCAGGGUGGACGGGCUUAUAGUGGACAUGCUGAAGAGAGAGCUGCUCCAGGAUGCCGUGAGCGUAGUGUCUCUCUUCCACAAGGUCCACCCCCACAGUGAGUCAGCGCAGGAAGCUGCCACCCAGCAGGCCACGGGCACCGACCUGCUUAAGAUCUACGCCCAGAAGGAGUCCCAGAGGUCAGGCUACAUCGAGCUGGCCCUGCAGGCGUAUGAACAGGCGGUUGCCCACUCCUAGAUAGAAAUAUACAAAUUCAUCCACAAUGAGGAAAGGUACCCAUAACCAGAGGAACAGACUGAAAAUGGCUUCCCAUCGGGGGGGAAGGCCUGCUUUCGUUCACUGUUUGGGUCAAAGAGUAACACGUCCUCCUUGAUCUAAAUGAAAGAUGUACACCUCACAACGACUGACUUGAAGAAUUUGCUUUGAAACUCCUAAGAUGCACAAAGUUUGUCAUUUAUCCAUGUGGAGAAAUUGUAGUCAAAUGCUCUUAUUGUCUAUAUGUGUAUUUGAUUUGGAACUCUGAGUCAAGCCUCAUGUGUUGGGUAAAGUGAUGUACAUAAUAAAGAGAUUCGUACUUGUGUGA